AGUGGGGCGAUCCAUGAGACGACUUUGGUCUCAGGACCGACUUGAGAGUAUUUUCAUCAUCUAGUACAACACGUGCAGCUAUUCGGUGAACUCAUAUUCGAGUUACCACUCAGCUUGCUUGUAUUUACAAUUUUAACUUUCAGAGUUAUUGUUUAAACUUUAAAAGUGUGAACAAAUAAGUUGUUCUGUUGAUUCAGUCGUAACUUCUGACAGGUGUUUAGAAAUUAAAAAGUUUAUUUUCAAAAUUAUCGAGUGAUAAAGUAAAGCGAUGUAGAAGUUUUUAUUAGCUACUACAGGAGUAACGAUGGCUAAUAUAAAAGUGGCUGUGAGAGUGAGACCAAUUUCAAGCAGAGAAAUAAAUAUAACAGGAGCAGAAAUAGUAGUCCACACGGAGCCACAGAAAAUUUCUUUGACGAAUCUAAAAGUUUCAUCGAGCAAGACUGCAGACAGUCGAACUCGGACUAAAAGAUAUAGUUUUGACUACUGUUUUGACUCUUCGGAUCCAACGGCUGAAAAUUAUGCCAGUCAAGAAAAAAUUUAUUACACACUUGGGAAUCCAGUUAUCGACGCUAUAUUUGUGGGAUACAAUUCUUGUGUCGUUGCGUAUGGUCAAAGUGCGUCUGGAAAAACUUUUACGAUGAUGGGUGUCAAAGAUGAUCCAGGCUUAAUACCAAGAAUCUGCAAUGGUUUAUUCGCCCGAGCAGCUGAUGAAAUAGAAAAUGGAAAAAAGUUUAACAUAUUUGUGAGUUACCUAGAAGUCUACAAUGAACGAGUUAGAGAUCUUCUCGAACCGUCAACAAGCCCGAAUAACUUAAGAGUUCGUGAGCAUCCACGAUCAGGUCCUUACGUUCAAGGAUUAAGCCAACACUCAGUUGAAACUUUGAGUUCAUUAAUGUCUCGUGUCGAAGAGGGUACAAAAGCCCGUAAAACAGCUUCAACUUUGCAGAAUCACACAAGCAGCCGCAGUCACGCAUUACUUACACUCUCGUUGGAAUCCAGCGAUAGUGCGGUUUCCGGACAAGUUAUUUUAAAAGCCUCGGGGGCAUCACGGAAAACGGAUUUUUCUCGUGGCUGUAAAUUACACUUGGUCGACCUGGCGGGCAGUGAAAAUUCAGCUGCCUGUGCUGGAAUAAAUCGUCUAAAAUCACAGGAAGGAGCUAAUAUUAACAAAAGCUUAGUUGCAUUGGGUAAUGUAAUAUCUGCAUUAGCGGAAAGAAGUUCUACAGCUAUUAAUUCAGGAAGGAAGUUCAUCCCCUAUAGGGAUUCAACUCUCACGUGGUUACUCAAAGAUUCUUUAGGUGGAAAUGCCACGACAAUUAUGCUGGCGACGAUAUCGCCCGCUAGUGGAAGCUAUAACGAAACAUCACACACUUUACGGUUUGCACAAAGGGCACAAAGCGUUAUUAACAAACCAGUUAUUAACGAGGAUCCGGUAGCUAAGAUCAUACGUGAGCUUCAGUCAGAAGUAUCACGACUCAAAGCUCUCCUUGCUGAGAAGAAUGAUCCGCAAACUGAUUGCAAGUCAUUGUGCAUCUGUCAAAGGAAUCUUGAUCAGAUAGCAGAGCAAACAAAUUUAAAUACCAGAUGUGUAGCAACGUCAACACCACUAUCAACAGGGAAAUUAAAUUCACUCUCAAGAUUAUCUUAUCCUUUGAGAAGAUACAGUUUUGAUGAUGGUUUGAGAUUAAGAUGUGAUUCAUUAAACGCGUUAAGACAAUUCGGAUCGUUAGAGUUUGUUCCUGCCGCAAAUAAUUCGAAAACUCUGCGAGUUUCGGCAAGUUAUAAUAGAGCUAGAGUAUCCGAAUUAACUGAUGAAGAUGACGAUGAUAAAGUCGAUGAGCCGGUAUUUGUGGAUAUACCGACUUUGGUUGCUGUACUCAUUAAACCUGAUACUAGUGUUCAAGUAGACACUCAUCAAAUAGAGGAAAUUUCAAGCGAUAGUGCACUCGAAGACACUGUCGAUACUGAGUUUAAUCGGGACAUUGAACAUCACUUUGCGAAUUUAGUCGACGUUUCUGUGGAAAAUGAUUCAAAUGAUUCUAUUAAAUCUCUGCCAGUAUUAAAAGAAAAUGAACAGCCUCUACUUGAUAUACGAUAUCCGAAUCUACAAAUUCUUACUGAUAAAUCGUUAAAUGACGAUGAUAAAUUUCAGAAACAGUAUCCAGUGAGUUCAAAUUUUGAAGCGCAAGUAUCCUUAGAAAAGCCAAUUUUUAAUACUGCUGAAAAUGUGCUACAGGAUUCUUGUGUGCUUCGAAUCUCAACAAACAAUUCUGAAGCACAGGCUGAUUCUGAAGUAGAAGAGUCUAAAAAAAUAAUUAGAAUUGAAGAUGACAAUCUCAAUGAUAGUCUUAAAGAAGACAACGAAAGUGUUAACAAAAUUUUGGAAAACCAAAAAGAACUUCAAAACCAAAAACUUUGUUUGCAAAGACACCAAAAUACUGAUGGACUGAAGCGUAAAUCAAGCAAGGACAGCGGCUCUAAUAGCUCCAAAGACGAACAGAUAUUUAUAUCUGGAAUUUCAAGAGAUUCUUUUGGUCGAAAAGAUUCAAUUGACCCAGAGCAACCACAACCGAAGCCACAUACGAUAAUACAACGCGCACGUAGGGCUGAAAUAGUAGCCGCGGUUACAGAGAGACUCUACUCGAGCAAGAAAACUACUGAAGACAGUAAUACGGCAUCGACGCCCGCCUCGGAUAUUCGCUCACCGGAAAGUACAGAAGUAAAAUUAGCCUCGGUGACGAGGAUGCGACUUCAAGAAAUCUCAAGAAAAAUGUUGGCCAAACGCAGACGUAUUUGUGUUGACACUCAAACAGAUAUUUCUUCUACUGUCCGUGUACGAGAAAUAGGAAUUUCAGUAAAAGAACCUAAAAUCGUUCGUAAAGACGUUGCUAUUCUCACUGAUCGUCACGAAGACUUUGAUAAAUUGCUGCCAUGCAGUACGCCUGUGGUACGAAUAAAAGAAAUGUCAACUUCUACCACAGAAUCGCCAGUUCCUAAACCGAUUAUUCUGCUCAAAGAUGCUUGUAGUUUAACAGAUGAUUACAGUUAUGACUACGAUACUAUUUAUUCACUUCAACCAGAUUCGGGUAUUGUGUCGGAUGAUACUCAUACAUACGCCGAAAGCAACUUGUCCAGUACAGGCAUAUCAGACUUUUGUUCUGACCUUGAAAAACGACCGGUUGAUGUUAAAUUAAGUGAUAGUUCAGCAAACACAAACAUUGUUGAAGAAAUAAUUGACAGUUGUGCUCAAACCACUUAUGAACACUCGCACCACUAUGAAGUACCAAACGAUAAGUGCUGUACUUCAAAGCAAUGCGGGGAUAAUUCAAUUAAGCAAGUGAGUGGUAAAAAAACCGCAGAUUGCUGCCGUCCCAUUUCAGUAACUCCCCGUCCUUGCAAGCCACUAGUUGUUACAGCCGGACAUUGUCAUUCUACAGAAACUGUUGCAGAUACACACAAAUGUGCUCAAGAAUCUUCUUGCAAAUCUUCGUGUUGCAAAGAAGAUCAUGAUAAAAAUAUAAUUUCUAUUUCGGUACCUGAUACUAUUAAUAUUACUAUUGAGUCUUCAAAUAUUUCAGAAUCAAAGCUUAGGCUGUUUGAUCACAAUAAAGUGUUGAAAUUAAAUAAUGUAGAGGUUCAAACUGAUAAGAGAGAUUCUAAUGAAAUAGGCACGCUGACAGAUAUUAAUAUUAGUGGAAUAAGUGUUAAAGAUUCGUGGACAAAUGCGCGAAACAGUCACGAUACUAAAACAUUUAGGAUUGAAAAUAUAUUCAAAGAUCCACAUGACAUUGCCAAAUCUUCGAAUAGUUAUGAUUGUUCUGACGGAACUAAUUAUUCUAUUAUUUAUCCUAGAACUACUCAAUUCGCAGAAACUAAAACGGAAAAUGAUGUUUACGAUAGCUACAAGACAACGUUGAGCUCAUUAGAAUCGCGCAGAAAGUCAUUGACAAGUGAAUGGCUCAGAAAUCGCAAUACUUGGUCGUCUCAGAAAUAUCACAGGAGCUCUGAUAAUGAAAAUAAUAAAGAAACAAUCUCUUUGCCUCCAGAUAAUUUUUAUGACUUGAUAGGAAUAAAGGAGUCGAAGAAAAAUCCGGAAAUACUUUCAUGGAAAGAUGUGUCUGAAGACAAAAAAAGUUUGAAUGGUUUAACAGUAUCAAAAUGCUUGAAAAUUGAGGACAAUAUGUGUCAUCUCAAAAAAAUUGGGCGUAGUUAUAGAGAUAUUUAUAAGCAAGAGGUGAAUUUUUCAGAUGAUAGCCUUGAUUCAAAAGAGCGACAAAAAAAUUUAAUUGAUGAUGAAAUUACAGGAUCGGAAAUAAAUAGCAGAAUCAAAGAUAACUUUAAUGAUAAUGGGUGUCCACCGGAUAUUGUUGUACAUGCGAAAAAAGACAUUAUUGAUCCACUGGCAUUUUCUGACAAUAAUACUCUUGAUGAUUUUGAUGACAAAUAUAUUGAGUUACCUAAAAAAAUAGGGAUACGAUUGAAUGAAAUACCUGGACAGAAAAUAAAAUCAAUUUUUUACAGCGUUCCUUUGAUACCGCUUGUUUUAGCUGAAAAUGGUAUUGAACAAUCUGAAGGUAGUACUAAAAAUUUAAAAGCUACUGCUUCGCCGAAAUCAAUUAUCAAGAAUAAUAUUAGUAUACCAAAGCCGCCGCGGUCUGUAAAUAUUAGUACAAAUGAAUCUCGACCGGAAUCUGAUUAUAAAAAGGUGAGCUUUGUUGAGUCCGAAAAUUUUUCAAUAAGUAGCGAAGAUGUUAAACACAAAACUACACGUAUUAGAAAUACUUGUGAAGAAGAAAAACGAAAUCUUCUUGAAGAAUAUCUCGAAGAAGCGAUAGUUUUUAUGCGGAACAUUAAUUCAAUAAAUUCGGAUGAAAAAUCUGGUACGCAAACAUUUAGACGUGAAAAUAAUGUAGAGACCAAAAUUUAUGAACCAAAGAAUAAAAGAGUAGUUGAUCAUCGUUAUACAGCAGAUGAUUUAGAUUUGAAAGGUAGUCGUUACGAAGAAAAAUGUUGUGGUAAUUCGGAAAAGUUAGACCGACUUUUGAAGUUCGAUAAAUCUGCUGAGACUAAAUCGCAUUUAGCCAAAUUCAGUUCAGAUAAUCUAAAUAGUAAUAAUAGUUGGUUAUCGUGUUCAAGAUUACGAAGUUUUUCAAGUGUUGAUGAUCUUAAUUGGGACCACAAGCUUAAAAACAACGUUUAUUCUAGAAGUGAUUGUAACAGUAAAUUUAGUCAAGUAAUUGAAGAUGACAAAUACUUUUAUCAGUUACCUAGUGCAGAUGCCAAUAAAGUUUAUACAAAUAUUGACAGUGCGAGAGCAGUAAAUACCGAUUUUGAGAGCUAUUCUCAAGGGAGAGUACGGAGUAGUGCACCUAAAAUAAAAAAACGCAGUCGUUCGGAACUUUCGAUGAGACCUAAGACGGGAGAUUGUAGUUUUAGUAAAAAAGUUGUAACUUUUGAUGAAAAUAAUUUACAUACGCACAAAAAGUUGAUGAAUAAUGAAAGUGUCCUUAUCGCUAAAGGAAGAAAAUCACUAGCGAAUCCACGUUGUAGCCUAUCUAAAUAUGACUCUUCAAAUGAAAAUUCAAGUUCUAAUGAAGCGCUCGCCAAUUUCAUGGAAUCCAUCGACGAAGCAUCGAGAUUUAGAGAUAAAAUUAAAUUUCCUUGCAGUCCGCGGUUGAAAUUUUUACAAUUACUCAGCGAGAGGCGGAAAAUCGUAAAAGAUAGUCGUAAUACCAGUAUUUCGUAAGCUCGUUUAUUAAAAGUGUACUUUGCAUGCGAAUGAUCUAAUUUUCUUACAGCGAACUAGAUCUUCUCAUAAUCAUGAACAUUUUAAAUAAUUGGUUUAAGAUGUUAAAAAAUAAUGCAUCUGAAAUCAACUUAACUAGCAAUUGUGUAAUAUAUUUAUUAUGUACUACAUCGAACUAAUAAAUAUCAAAAAUAAUUGUAUCAUGUAUACAUAAAUUUUUAAAGUACAU